GACGAGGAAGUCCGCGCGUCCUUCGCUGUCCUCCGCUUCAGACCCUGAACGCGGUGCUCAGCUCAGGCGUUUGGGCUUCAGUCACAGUAUUUCUCUGUUUUUUUGGGUUUUUUUAUGGAUUGACAGAAGCAAACUGCAGCGGUGGUUGGGACACAUAAAUAACGUUGGACGUUGCAGUGCUUAUUUCGGUAGCGAUGACUGCGCCAAACUCUGCGGAAAGGAAGGCCUGCUGGGACGCCAGGGACCACCUGUGGAAAUGUCUGGAUGACAAUGGAGACAAAACGGAGUCCUGCCAGAAGUUCCAGAGCGAGUUCGAGUCCAACUGCCCAGCUCAGUGGGUGAAGUAUUUCUCCAAGAGGAGAGACUUCCUGAAAUACAAAGAGAAGAUGGAGACGGAAGGAUUCACACCCGCCGCGGGACCCCGGCAAUCUUCCUGACCGCAGACUCCAAAUCUGCAGAAUUUUGGCCUCACCGAGACCAGGGUCGAGGCGCGGGGCUCGGAGAGGAGUCCCCGGACCUCGUGAUGGACGGAGGACCUGAAGUCCACCUGUGUCGUUAUUUAUUUGUCGGGGUAAAAGCUGCAUCCAGGUGUUCGAAACGAAGGAAACCGAAAGGACGAGUGGCGGAAAAGAUCCGGUCGGUUGUCUUUCACCUGAAAGUUUCAUCUCACGUUGUCAGUUUAAUAAUGUUGGAAUACUAAUGAGCCGAGCAGAACUCACUCGUAGCCAGUGGUGGCACUUCUAUGGAGUUUGGACCCAAUUCUUGAUCCAUUACAUUUGAUCAAUCGAGGCUGAUCUUUACCGACUGGCGAUACCUUUUAAUUUAGGACCCCAUUGGGCAAAAGUCUGACUUUGUUUGUAAAUAAAUACAAUGCAAACAA